AUGAACCGUAACCAGCCACUUCAUGUGUGGCCUCUGCGCUGUCUCUGCACCGUGGGUUGCUGGUUCAGGGCCUGUCCCGUCCUGGAGGGGGGAGUAUCCAGCUCCCGGUCGUGGUUACGCAGCUUCCUCCUGCUCAAGCUGGUCACUCUGCUGCUGUUCCCCCACUGGACGCUCCUGGGCCUGGUCCUGGGCUGCCCCUUCAGCCUCAAGGCCCUGGUCCUCCUCCGGUCCCCUCGCGUCUCCACCAAGCCCUCCACAGUCUUUCUCUACCAUCUCGCUCUCACGGAUGCUUUGCUGAUACUGCACUGGACACAUGUAUUUGGACUUAGAAUAACCCUCUAUCUGGGACUGGACUCUAAUGACUGCGUUCUAAUCCAAGAUCUUCACAUAUCAUGGUUGAAAGAAGUGUGGAUCAUCGUCUCAAAUCACCUUCUUGACACGCACCUUCUCGCCUCUUUGUGCUUCUUGGGGUUUCUCGGACUUGAAGCCACGCUGGUGUCUCGCUGGCCGCUCCAAACCCGAGCCGUGCGGACGUCCCAGUGGGCACAGCUCGGGUGCACCUUGGUUUGGGUUCUAGUCCUUUUGGAAGUCCUGUUUGUAAUGUUUGCAAAGAUCCCACGCCCACAGACUCUGCAGAAGUCGCCGGGAGCAGUGGCGUGCGCCUGUAAUCCAAGCUACGGGAGGCUGAGGCUGGAGGAGCGUUUGAGCUCAGGAGCUCUGAGCUGCAGUGGACUAUGUCGAUCGGGUGUCCGCACUAAGUUCGGUAUCGAUAUGGUGCUCCUGGGGGAGCCCGGGACCACCAGGUCGUCUAAGGAGGGGUGCACCGGCCCAGGUCGGAAACGGAGCAGGUCAAAGCCCCCGUGCCGCUCAGUAGUGGGAUCGCGCCUGUGA